AUGAACUACGUCACACUGCUAAUCACAAACACUGCCGUCACCCACGUCAUCAUUUCCGUCAUCAUUUACGUCAUCACCUACGUCAUCACCUACGUCAUCACCCACCCUACUAAGGGCGUUGAUAUUGCUGUUGUGAUCCCUCUCAUAAAGACCUCAGUGAACAUGAGAGUUGAUGCCUUAGCUAAGACAUUGUUAAAUGCAAACUUGUCUCGCAAACAGAACCAGCCACCAGUAUUGCUCCAGCUACCAGUGUUGUCCAGCCACCAGUGUCUCCAGCACCAGAUGCUCCAGCCACCAGUGUUGUUCUCCCCACAGUGUUCUCCAGCCACCACAGCACCGAUUGUUCUCCAGCUACCAGUGUUGUUCUCCAGCCACCAGUGUUGUUCUCCAGCCACCAGGUGUCUCCAGCCACCAGUAAGGCUGUCUCCAGCCAACAGCUGUCGCCCUCCAGCCACCAGUGUUGUACCCUCCAGCCACCAGCAGUUGUUCUCCAGCCACCAGCAUUGCACUCUCCAGUCCACCAGUGUUGUCCCCCUCCAGCCACCAGUGUUGUUCUCCAGCCACCAGUGCUGUUCUCCAGCCACCAGUAUUGUUCUCCAGCUACCAGUGCCACUCCUCCAGCCACCAGUGUUGCUCCCUCCAGCCACCCGUGCUGUCUCCAGCUACCAGUGUUGGGCCUGUCACCAGUGCUGUUCUCCAGCUACCAGCAUUGCUCCCUCCCAGCUACCUGUACAGCCCCCAGCCACCAGUGGUUGUUCUCCAGCCACCAAGUGUUGUUCUCCUGUCACCGCAAAGUGUUGUCACCUCCAAACACCAGUUGUUGCUCCUCCAGCCACCAUGUUGUUCUCCGUCACCAUGUUGUCUCCAGCCACCAGCAUGCCUCCAGCUACCAGUGUUGUUCCUCCAGCCACCAGUGCUGUCUCCCUCCAGCCACCAGUGUUGCCCUCCAGCCACCAGCAUGCUCUCCAGCCACCAGCAGCUGUUCUCCAGCCACCAGUGCUGUUCUCCAGCCACCAGUGUUGUUCUCCAGCCACCAGUGUUGUUCUCCAGCCACCAGUGCUACCCUCCAGCCACCAGUGCUGUUCUCCAGCCACCAGCAUUGUUCUCCAGCUACCAGUGCUGUUCUCCAGCCACCCAGUGCGUUGUCUCCAGCCACCAGUAUUGUUCUCCCAGCUACCAGUGCUGUUCUCCUCCAGCUCACCAGUGCUGUUCUCCGCCACCAGUGUUGUCUCCACACCAGUGUUGUUCUCCAGCCACCAGUAUUGUUCUCCAGCUACCAGUCUGGGCCAGUGUUGUUCUCCAGCCACCCCAGUGUUGUUCUCCAGCCACCGCGUGUUGCCACCUCCAGCCACCAGUGUUGUUCUCCAGCCACCAGCAUUGUUCUCCAGCCACCAGUGUCUCCAGCCAACCAGUGUUGCGCCUCCAGCCACCAGCAAGGUUCUCCAGCCACCAGUGCUGUUCUCCGCCACCAGUGCUGCACCCAGCCACCAGCAAGGUUCUCAGCCACCAGUGUUGUCUCCAGCCACCAUGUUGUUCUCCAGCCACCAGUGUUGUUCUCCAGCCAACAGUGUUGUUCUCCUGUUCAACCAGUGCUGUUCUCCAGCCACCAAGUGCUUGUUCUCCAGCCACCAGUGGUUGUCUCCAGCCACCAGUGUUGUUCUCCAGCCACCAGUGCUGUUCUCCAGCCACCAGUGCUGUCUCCAGCUACCAGUGUUACCCUCCAGCCACCAUGUUGUUCUCCAGCCACCAGCAUUGUCGCCUCCAGCCACCCGUGUUGUCUCAGCCACCAGUGCUUGCCCAGCCACCAGCAUGUUCUCCAGCUACCAGUGCUGUUCUCCAGCCACCAGUAUUGCCUCCUCCAGCUACCAGUGUGUUGUCUCUCCAGCCACCAGCAGCUUGUUCUCCAGCUGCUGUCUCCAGCCACCAGUGUUGCCUCCGUUUCACCAGUGUUGUUCUCCAGCCAACAGCAUUGUCUCCUAG